AUGAGGCCCCUCCUGGCUUUUCUGCUGUUGGAGUUGCCAUUCUGGAGUGUGGAGCAACAAGAGCCUCCAAAAAGCAUUGUCAUGGAUCAGGUCCCGCACAUCUUGGCCCACGAAGGCAGCACCGUCACCCUCCCCUGCAGCUUCUUCCACACCUGGACCCCGGUCCAGCCCCCACAGGUGACCAUCAUCUGGAGAUGGCAAGAUUUCCAUGGGCCAGUGAUCUUCGACUCCUCCAGGGAUAAGCAGGGGCGCUACUCUCUCGUCGGGGAUCCUGAGAAACAUACAGGGUCUCUACAGAUCAGAGACUUGAGGAAGACAGAUGGCACCCUGUACUUCUGCCAGAUCAGGGUUCUCACCACGGAAGGCAUGAAAAUGUGGCAGAACACCCGGGGGACGCUGCUGACCGUGAUGGAGCCGGUCUCCUUCCUGGCCCCUCGGUCAGGAAAAAUUUUCUGA